CGCUGCUGCUGGUGUUAACUUCAUUCUCAUGGCAACACUUCUCCUUCAGUUCUCAGAAGAGACAUUACUGUAUGUGAAAUACGGAACCAAGAAACAUCUUCCCACGUUCAACUUCCCCUAUUCUAUUGCUUAUCAAGAUCUGCUGUUUUCAUCGGUGCUGAGAUCAUGUUAAAGAAGCAGCAGGUUAGAGACUCUGACAGUCGAGAGCCAGAGACCGAGAGAGAAGCACCAUGUCUGAAUUCAGAAGGAUCCUAAUGUCUUCAUUCCUGAUGCUGCUGCUCCGCUUCACAGCUGCAGAUGUGAAAGGUGACUCCCACAUUGUCAAAGUUGGAGGUGAAGUCACUCUGUCUUUUGAAAAUGUGUUACAUGAUCAGGAUGAGUGUGAGAGUAUUAUCUGGCUCUUCAGUGAUUCAAGAAGCACAGUGCCGCUAUUUGAACACGGAAAGAUUCACAAAGAUCCCAAAGCUAAAUCAGACAGACUGAGAGUUUUGAAAAACUGUUCUCUGGUUAUAAAGAAGGUCACAGAGGAGGAUGCUGGUCGUUACACCUGCAGACAGUUCAGAUCAGGACAACAACAAGGUCCAGACUCUCUGGUUGAUCUGUCUGUUGUUACCAUGACUGAACAUCAGGACACUGAUGAGGUGACGUUACGCUGCUCUGUGUCGACAUCUGGAGACUGUGGACUCACAGUGAAGUGGCUGUUUCAGAGUCGAGAUGUGGAUAAAGAUCACAGAGAGAUAAAGACUUCAACGUCUUCCUGCUCUGCCUCUGUGACAUUUCAGACCUCUCAUUUUAGUAACACACCAAGGUCUAAGUUAUUUAAAUGUGCAGUAACAGCUGGUGGCAACGUGCACACCUUCACUCCUCAGUCCUCAGGUGAGGACACAAAUCCAGAAAAACCUAAACCAACAACAACAACAACAACAACAACAGCUAACAACAACAUGAACUCAGGUGAUGAUGCAGGGAAGAUGACUACCAUAUCACCAACAAACUGCAAACAAACACCAGCUUUGUGGUGGGUCGUCACGGUGUCUCUCUGUCUAGCAGCUCUCGUCAUCAGUGUGGUAACAGUCAACAUAUGGACCGGGACUAAAGGGGGCAAAAUACGGAGGAAGAAAAACCUUGAGCAGAAUGAUGAAGAUGAAGAUGAGGGGAACUAUGAGAACGAUGUGUGACUGAUCAACAGCAUCACCUCCCCUCAGAGUCCAGUGCUGUCAGACCUCACCUCCUCAUAUUUACAGGAGAAAACAGGAGAACCGUGAGAUCAUUUGAACAUUUCUGAUGCCUGAAAACACCUGAGCCCCGUGAGAGGCACUUCAGAAACUCAGCUGCAUUCAAUAGGAAACACAGCUCAUGAUGUUCAGUUAUUUCUGAUGUAACGUCCUUUAAUUAUGCUCUCACAUUCCCAUACAUCGUUAUCCUGUCUAAAUCUGAUCUGUAGUCUACACACAGUAUUCAUAUUUAACCUCCAGCUGUUUAUUCUCUAUAUAAUCUCUUAUUAUUAGCAUUGCUUUUACUCACAGGAUAUAUUUGACUCUUAUAUCUUCACUUCUUUCUGUAACUGAUGCUCAUGUUCAUAUAUAUAAGUGCAGGGUUGAAUUCAUAACAUAUCUAAAUUGUAAAAUGAUCUGUAAACUUGAUCUGUUAAUUGAGUUCUCUAGGGGAAAUCAGUCACUCUAGUGUUGGUUUAAUAACUUCAUGAAUGGCUUUUAUCUGGUUUUUCAACCCUAUGAUUCAUAUACUGUCUGAUUACAGCAUAACGAGUUCUUAAACCUACAGUAUAUAAACCUGCACUGCCUACUGUAACUGCUGCACAUGCUGUAUAUAUCUGAUCAAUAGUCUACAUAAUCAUUUACUAUACUCACUAUAUAUGUUUUCCUAAACCUGAAAUGCCUACAGCAUGUACAGUAAGUCCUGAUGGAAUAUGUGACUCCUUUUUUUGCUUUGCUUAUAAUGAUAUACAACCCAAAUAAAAAGAGCACUUCUGCUCAAUUCCAUAAUGA